AUGGCGCCCACUCUCAAGCACCGUGAUGUCGUCCCCGUGAUCCGCAAACUAGGCUGGAUCGAGAAGCGCGGCAAGGGGAGCCACACUCAUUAUAUUCACCCCUCGCGCGCGGACGUGCGCAUCACCAUCACGGCCCACGGCACGGGCGGCACCGUCGACGCGGCGGUGCUCAACACGCUCAGAGCGUUCGUCGACCGCGACGACCCCUGCGUCCCCGAGUCGUGGUUCAGAGGCGUCCCCCAAGAUCGCGAGGCCCUCCGCGCCUCCCUGUAG